GUUGGCAAACACGUUGCCUAUUUACUGUGUAGAGACCCCAAUGGAGAACAAGACUGUUUGAACUCCAGAAGGACCAACACCAGAUAAAUUAUGAAUGUUGAACAAGAUGACCUUACAUCCACAGCAGAUAAUGAUAGGUCCUAGGUUUAACAGGGCCCUAUUUGACCCCCUGCUUGUGGUGCUGUUGGCUCUUCAACUUCUUGUGGUGGCUGGUCUGGUCCGAGCUCAAACCUGCCCUUCAGUGUGCUCCUGCAGCAACCAGUUCAGCAAGGUAAUUUGUGUUCGCAAGAACCUUCGUGAGGUUCCUGAUGGCAUCUCCACCAACACAAGGCUGCUGAACCUCCAUGAGAACCAAAUACAGAUCAUCAAAGUGAACAGCUUCAAGCACUUAAGGCACUUGGAAAUCCUCCAGUUGAGCAGGAAUCAUAUUCGAACCAUUGAAAUUGGGGCCUUCAAUGGUUUGGCGAACCUCAACACUCUGGAACUCUUUGACAAUCGUCUUACUACCAUCCCGAAUGGAGCUUUUGUGUAUCUCUCUAAACUGAAGGAGCUCUGGUUGCGCAACAACCCCAUUGAAAGCAUCCCUUCCUAUGCUUUUAACAGAAUCCCUUCUUUGCGCCGCCUAGACUUGGGGGAAUUAAAAAGGCUUUCUUACAUCUCAGAAGGUGCCUUUGAAGGUCUGUCCAACUUGAGGUAUUUGAACCUUGCCAUGUGCAACCUCCGUGAAAUCCCUAACCUCACGCCGCUCAUCAAACUGGACGAACUAGAUCUUUCUGGGAACCAUUUGUCUGCCAUCAGACCUGGCUCUUUUCAGGGGUUGAUGCACCUUCAAAAACUGUGGAUGAUACAGUCUCAGAUUCAAGUGAUUGAACGCAAUGCCUUUGAUAACCUCCAGUCAUUAGUGGAGAUCAACCUGGCACACAACAAUCUAACAUUACUGCCUCAUGACCUCUUCACGCCCUUGCAUCAUCUAGAGCGGAUACACCUUCAUCACAACCCAUGGAACUGUAACUGUGAUAUCCUGUGGCUCAGCUGGUGGAUACGAGACAUGGCUCCCUCGAACACAGCUUGUUGUGCCAGGUGUAACACUCCCCCCAAUCUGAAAGGAAGAUAUAUCGGAGAGCUGGACCAGAAUUAUUUCACAUGCUAUGCUCCGGUGAUUGUGGAACCCCCUGCAGACCUCAAUGUCACUGAAGGCAUGGCAGCUGAGCUAAAAUGUCGGGCAUCUACAUCCCUGACUUCCGUGUCUUGGAUUACUCCAAAUGGAACAGUCAUGACCCAUGGGGCAUACAAAGUGCGGAUAGCUGUGCUUAGUGAUGGCACGUUAAAUUUCACAAAUGUAACUGUGCAAGACACAGGCAUGUACACAUGUAUGGUGAGUAAUUCUGUUGGCAACACUACUGCUUCUGCCACCUUGAAUGUUACAGCUGCAACCACUACUCCUUUCUCUUACUUUUCAACUGUAACAGUAGAGACUAUGGAACCUUCUCAGGACGAGGCACGAACCACAGAUAACCAUGUGGGUCCCACUCCAGUGAUUGAUUGGGAGACUACUAACGCAACCACAUCUCUUACGCCACAGAGCACAAGGUCAACAGAGAAAACAUUCACCAUCCCAGUGACUGACAUCAACAGUGGAAUCCCAGGAAUUGAUGAGGUCAUGAAAACAACCAAAAUCAUUAUCGGGUGUUUUGUGGCCAUCACACUCAUGGCUGCUGUGAUGCUGGUCAUUUUCUACAAGAUGAGGAAGCAGCACCAUCGGCAAAACCACCAUGCUCCAACAAGGACUGUUGAAAUCAUUAACGUGGAUGAUGAGCUCACUGGGGAUCCACCUAUGGAAAGUCACCUGCCCAUGCCUGCAAUUGAGCAUGAGCACCUAAACCACUAUAACUCUUACAAAUCUCCCUUCAACCACACAACAACAGUAAACACAAUAAAUUCAAUACACAGUUCAGUGCAUGAACCGUUAUUGAUCCGAAUGAACUCUAAAGACAAUGUACAAGAGACUCAAAUAUAA